UUCCCCCUCUCUAAAACCCUCUAAAGCCCUUGAGCCUCUACAUUCUAGGGUUCUCAUUUCCUCAUAUAUAAAACAACAGAAGGUGUCAGAUAAUCUUUCACUUCAAACGCAGGAUUUCCAUUUUCUCUCAUUUCUUCGCAAAAGGACCAUUGGCGUCUCUAUGCUUCGGACUCGUUGGAGGAUUACCCGUGAAGAAUUUGUAUCUUGCUCUUCAAACAUUGACCAUCUGUCUGAUAAUAGCUGCAAUUAUAGCUUUACGAUUGCUGCUCGUGUUGUGGAUUCUGGCAAGAUAAGGAACUACUCAAGGCAGAGCUCAUUACACCCAACAAGCAAGAGUUCCACUGCCAAUGUUGAGAUCAAACAUACCUCUAUAAGAGGUUCAAGCUAUUUUCAUCAUCUUAAAUCUCGAACUGGUGAAAAAUUUUCAGUUCUUCAAUCAAGUGGUCUUCAGCAUUGGUUCAAAAACUGGCAAGAGCAAAGAAAGCAUAAACUGACAGCAAGCACUUUUGCUGGGGCUAUUGGUUUUUGGCCUGGUCGAAGAGUCCAACUUUGGUUAGAGAAAAUUGGUGCAAUAGAUCCAUUUUCUGGAAACUUGGCUACUUGUUGGAACAACAUUAAAGAAGAGGAAGCACUUGAAAGAUACAAGUUGAUUACAGGAAAUACGGUUAUGUUUCCUGAAUUUCAGGUCUAUGGUGAGAGGAAUCCAGAAGAUGAUUGGCUAGGAGCUUCACCUGAUGGGGUGAUUGACGGAUUGGUAUAUGGGUUGCCUUCUCGAGGAGUUUUGGAAAUAAAAUGUCCCUUUUUCAAUGGAGAUAUGAGCAACGCUUCACCUUGGAAGCGGAUUCCCUUAUAUCACAUUCCACAAGCUCAAGGUUUAAUGGAAAUACUGGAUAGGGAUUGGAUGGAUUUCUAUGUUUGGACUCCUAAAGGGAGUAGUCUAUUCAGGUUAUAUCGAGAUGUAGAAUACUGGGAUAUUAUGAAAUUUGCACUUGCUGAUUUCUGGUUGAAUCACGUGCAACCAGCAAGGGAGAUAUGCAAGAAAUCUGUGAUAUCGGAUCCCUUCAUACAAUUACAGCCAUUUAAGCCAGCUCCUAGGCAUGAUUUCUGUAGACAUAUAGUCUAUGAAAGCAAACACGUUGUUGAUAGCUCAAAGUUGUUGAUACGUGAAAUUCAUGGGAUACUGCAGAACUAGUGCAACUAGAUGUCUAAAUAUUGGCUUUCUCAUUUUAUGUGGUGUAAGGCUAAUGGAAUUCAUGUUCAAAGAGGGUAAGUGGUUGGGAUAAAGCUUUCAAGAGUAUGUGUGCAUUUUGCUACUAUUAAUUUUGUACCACUUGAGAAAUUUCCAGUGAUUGUGUCCAAUUUUCCCUUCCAACAUAUUUUGAUCAAAAACUGAAUACACAUAGUUGGAACUUUUUGGGUGAGCAAA